GGGAAGAAGGGGUCGACAUGGAGGGAUCGUCGGCGGCGUCGGCGGUGAUGGGGGCGGCGACGAGGGUGGCGCGGGCGGGGGCGAAGGUGUGCGGUAAGGAGGAGAAGGUGGUGGGCGUGCAAAAGGCGUCGGGGAGUUGCCCGUACUGCGGCGGCGGGGUGGUGGCCACAAACGUGGAGGCCAAGUGGGUGCUCUGCUUCCUGCCGCUCUGCCUCAGGAACAAGCGCAGGUUCGCCUGCACCGCAUGCGCCCGGCGCCUCAUCACCUACCCCGCCAUUGUCCAGGACUAGUUGCUGCUUAAUUAGUCUUUUUUUCAUACUAUUUCAUUCUCCUACCCCCUUUGUUUAAUUCUUUGGAGAUUGAUCACAGAACUGAAGAUUUUCGUUAGAUGCCAGAUCGAACAACUAGAGAUCGAUUGAUGUGCGUCCCGGCCGGUUGCUUUCCGUGCCCGUAGAUCUUGAUUUGGAUAUCUGCUUGAUUGUUUUCUUGAUUCUGGCUAGAUGUUUCUUGCU